CUGAAGCGUAAUAUUACUAUACCAGCUGUGCUAAUGGUGUCGUUUAGUACUUUACUCUCUUCCCUCGUUGUUCUUGAAUCCACUGCUAGUGCCUUCUCCGUUUGGGAUCCCUUGCAACGUGUUCUGGGACUCAAUGAUGAACGGUUAAUCGUCACGUCGAGUGACGAAACACCAAUCGUUGUGUCUGAAUGGGAGAAACUGGGCUUGAAACGUCGGGGAGUUCACUUCUUCGAUGUCACUGAGCAUCGUUCUUGGUUCUUUUCCGAGGAUAAACCGGUGGUUGUUCCUAAAUACAACUAUCCAACAACAGUUGAACACAACCAGACGGUUAACCAGUUGAUUACUCAUAUAGAUAAGGCGAAUUUGCACGAUAAUUUGGCCCACUUGUCGAGUUUCUUCUCCCGUUACUACAAAUCAGACACUGGUAAGGAAAGUGCAGAGUGGCUGUUCCGCAAAUUGGAGUCCAUUGUUGAUAAUUCAACACAUCCAAUCAAGGUGGAACGCUUCAAGCAUUCAUGGCAGCAGUUUUCAAUAAUUGUAACUAUUGAAGGCUCUAAAUACCCUGAUGACAUCGUAGUCGUGGGCUGUCAUCAAGACUCUACAAACUUGCUUUUCCCGACCCUUAUGAAGGCACCAGGUGCCGAUGACGAUGGCUCAGGAGUCACCACCAAUUUAGAGGCGUUGAGAAUCCUUGUUAACAGUGGGUUUCAGCCUGAAACCACAGUGCAAUUCCACUUCUACUCUGCUGAAGAAGGUGGUUUAUUAGGCUCCUUGGACGUUUUCACUGACUACAAGCAAAAGGGACGAAACGUUGUUGCAAUGUUACAACAGGAUAUGACCGGUUAUGUCCAGAAGACAUUAGACAACGGUGUUGAAGAACACGUUGGUGUCAUUGAUGACUACGUCAACCCUGAAUUGACAGACUUUGUCAAAUUGAUGAUUGACUCGUAUCUGACUAUCCCAUGGAGGGAAACGAAAUGUGGUUAUGCAUGUAGUGACCAUGCCAGUGCCCUGAAGAAUGGAUAUCCUUCGAGCUUUAUCAUUGAGAGUGAUUUCCAGUAUACAAACCCUUACAUCCACUCUACAAGUGAUACCUUGGAUCGUCUAAGCUUCGAUCACAUUGCACAGUUCACGAGACUCGUGCUAGGAUACACCGUUGAGUUGGGAUUCCACAAGUUUAAGCGUGUUGACGUUUGAAACAAAUUUGCUCCCACGCCUGGUACUUACCCUUAUAAUCAAACGCACUCACUACAGCAAUAGAG